AUGGUUCUUCUGAAUAGUGGUAAAAGAAAGAAAGGAGAUGCCGACGAUGGCGAGGAUAGCAGUAAUUCACGCUCGCGUUCAAGGUUAGUUCUCCAUCUUGGAUUUGGCAUAAUUGUACAUUUCAAGUUUGUCUCUUUUGUAGCUCAUAGGGAUCGUGAAAGUUUCAUUCGAUCGAAGAUCAGAUCAGAAGUAUGUGUGAGUUAACCUUUGUAUCUGCCGGUUUUUCACGAUCGAGAGAUCCACUAAACUGAAAUAACUUUACUUUCUACGAUUGAUCACUCUCUAGACCUGAUGACUUCGGUGGCUCGACCGAAACAAGGGUCCUCAGGAUUCAAACAAAUGACACGCUGGAUGUUAAGUAUGGAUUUGAUCGCUACAAGGAGCCAAUAGAUCGACUUGGAUGGCUUAUCAACAUGCAUCCAGUAAGUUAAACAAGAUAAUUACAUUUGCCCAAGAGCAAGAGACGACACGAUAGAAAAAUGUCAUAACUUUAAAGUACAUGUACAACGUGAUCAAACUUUCUUUCGACUUAAGUUGACUGACUAGUAGACAAGUUUGAAAUGAAAUUGUGAAACAUCGUUUCUAGCCUGCCUUGAUCUUUAUGGUAAGGAUUUGUUUGCCUUCCGAAAACCUUCAAGUUGAUAAUGUUAGUUGUAAUGAAAACGUGACAACAAAAUGAGUGCAUUUCACAGAGCAGUGAAGUCAGAAGGAAGAAACUGGGGGUAUUUCAAAAAAUGUCCCAAAAAAUGGUUGCUCAUCCUAAAUUUACUCCUGUUUUUUUUUUUUGUUUUUUUUGGUAGACAGAAGUAAUUGAUGAUGACAAGAAGCUAAUAAGUGCUGUAGACCUCUACUUCAUUCAAGAUGAUGGAGGUCGCUUUAGGGUGGGUACCAUGAAAUCUGAUGAUGCGCUGAUCAAUUUGCAGCUUUGUCAUCUCCUAUCCCCAUUUUAGGCAACCCAUGAGCAUCUUACUGUUGUCUGUGCUGGUCAACAUCAUUAUAAUAUAAUGCUUGCAAGCAAAAAGGGCAACAAGGGUGCUAAAAGCUAAUGCACCAUGUCUUUUAUUUCUCACCAUUUUGUAAAAAAAAUAUGUUCUCUGGGAGAGCAUUUGACCAUAAAUGCAGUGGUUGGGUAUAGUAUUUGAAUGCAAUUGUGGAAGGGGGGUGUUGGAGCUUUAAAUUCAUUGAUACACAAGUCUUUCUAUAGCAUUGUAAACAUAGAUUCAAAUUUUUCCUUUGGUGUGGAUUAAUGUACUCAAAAAUCCUUUAUUAUUGGUCUCAUCUGCAUUAUUGCCAAUAAAUAAAUCUAUCCAUCAGUGAAUUAAGGCAAUCAGUCAAUCAGUCCAUCAAUCAGACACUCAAAUGGUAUAUAGUCCUGAUAACCCUGCCAUAUGCAAAAAUGGUCAGUUAGUCAAUCAGUGAGUCAAAAAGGCAGAGAAACAGUUAGUCAGUUACACAGUCAUUUACACUCAGGCAGUCAGUCAUUUGGUUACUCAAUCGCUCAAUCAGUCAGUCAGCAGGUCAGUGGGUGAGUAUAUGAGCCAAUGAGUCUGUGUCAAUGAGUUUUUGAGUCAGUAAGUUGGUUAGUGCACAAGUGAGCAAGUUUAAGGCCCAGUUCAGAUGUUGUGCUUCUGCCAUGCAGAACUUGAUUGCAAUUAGGUGCGACUAUGGGCCAAUAUUGUGCAUAAUUCAGCUUUUACUGAAAAGCCCUUGGUGCAUAUUUUGUAAAGGAGAAUUAUUAUUAUUAUUAUUAUUAUUAUUAUUAUGACUCCCCUGCAGUAAUGCAAUCCCACUUAAGUACAUUAGUAUAAUUUAUGAAUUCUGUUUGGCAUGGCAGGGAUACCACAUCUGAAUCACUUUUGAGCCAGAGUCAUGUAGCACGGCAGAGCUGGUUGAACUCAAUUCUCUCUAACUUAGUUAAAAAGUUUGAUUCAGAUUCCGUGCUUCUGCUGUGCUUUUGUCAAACUUAAUUCCUGUAUUCAGUUUGGCAUGGCAGAAGCAUGAUGUCUGGGCCUCAGUUGGUCAGUCCUCUGAACCAAUGCUUUUAUUGUCAUUUGACAGGUACCAUUACCCUACAAGCCUUACUUCUACAUCCUUGCAAAGAAAGUGAGUGGGCUUUUAGUCCUUUUAUGAUCCGUUAAUGUUUUAUCCAUGUCCAGCCCUUUCAUAUGGCUACUUUUGAAUCUAUUCUUUUAGACCUAGAAUACUUAAAUCAUCUACCUCACUGAAAACCCUUUUAAAUCUUAACUUUGUCUCCAAUGCUAGGACACUGAUCGAGAAGUGGCAACUUUCUUGAACAGAAAGUUUGGUGGACUGAUAGCAAGCAUAGAAACAGUUGCAAAGGAAGAUCUAGAUCUGGUAAGACCCUCUACACCCUGACAUCAGUAUACAUGUUCUCUAUACUCUCCUCUGUUAACAUUUUCUUUGGUACUGACAUAAGAAUUUGUUUAAAGAUCAAAGCUUCUUACAGCUGGUGAUAAUUUCCUUUGUUCUUAUGAUCUUAAUGAAUGAUUCAGCUGAAUUAUUGUGAUCUCUUUACCCUCUAGAAUAAUCACCUUGUUGGGCUGAAAAGAAAUUACAUUAAGCUGUCAUUUCUCACUGUUAACGACUUGAUGAAAGUGAAGAGGUAAGAUUUUUGAUAAGAGGUUUUUAUUUUACACAGUAUUAUUCACAGAUGUUCAAUUUUAUCUCCAUUCAAGGGAAAUCAUGCCAGCUGUAAGGAAAAACAAAGAACAGGCUAAGACAAAUGCAGCAUACAACAUUGUGAUGGGUAAUGAUUGGAAUGAAGAAGAAAUGAUUGCAACUAACAGAAGAAGUACUGAUCAAAUGGCAAAUAUCAUUGACAUCAGGUAAUAAACCAACUGAAUUUUUUUGUAUUUUUGUCAAAACUUGCUUUGGAGAUAUUUCUAAUUUUUCUAAAUUUUUUAAAAAAAUAUUUGCACUCAUGUGAGGAUUUUGGCCAUUUUGUCAUCGGCACAGUCAGUUGUUUAUAAAGUACAUGACUCUAAAUGAGAUGAAGAGAAGAAUCACUUUUUUAUCAUUAAGCUAAACAUAUUUGUAAAUAGAUUAAGAAAAAAUGGUUAAUUUUGAUUUAGGUGAAGAGAUAAAGAGAUAUUUUUCCUCUUGUUAGAAACGUGGAACAGAGAAAAAAUUCCCAUGAGUCCCCAUGAGGAAUGGAACCUCAGACCUUGGGAUUCUGUGCUCUGAUGCUCUACCACUGAGUCACAGAAACUCUAUGAUGAACAAGGCCAUUAAAAAGCUCAGCAAGCUCAAAGUUUAUCAUCUCUCUUAUUGUACAUGUGAACAUGGCUCUAUCGACAUUGCUGAUCCCAGCAAUAUGCUGGACUUAUGUCAUAUUUGAACUUUGAAAUGGUCUUGCUCACCUCAGAGGCUCAGUGGUAGAGCAUCAGAGUGCAGAAUCCAAAGGUCUGAGGUUUGAUUCCUCCUGGCCGCAUGGUGACUCAGAAUUUUUUCUUUGUCUAAUGCUUGUGACAAGACCAGAAACAUCUUUCUUUAAGCAAAAUGUAUUUGCAAAGACUACUUCUUUUGGGAAUGUUUGAUGGAAGAUCCAAACUUUGUUUAAGGAAACACACCUAAUGAGAUCAUGGGAUAGAAGGGUUAUGAGACUCACUGCUUACAAAACAUUUUCAUUCAUUGAAAAUAUUUUUUUUAAAUUAGGGAAUAUGAUGUACCCUAUCAUGUCAGAGUGGCCAUUGAUCUCAGGAUUUUUGUGGUGAGUGAAUAAACCUUGGUUAAAAUAUCAGAAAUAAAAUAUUAAAUACUCAAGCAUAGGAUGGGUGGAGCAGUUAAUGGUGGUUAUAUGGUCAGCAAUUUCUUGUAUCCCAACCAUGACCCCUAUUUUAGGCACCUGUCAACUCUGAUGAGAUCAGUGUUAGAGAAAAAAAAGCUAGGGGUGGAGUGGUUAAGUGGAAUUUUGUUGGUGGAAUUCUUGCAAACAACUGCCACAAACUGUGGAGGAACACCUCAAACUGCUUGAGAAGUCACAGAUUUACAAUGAUCCACACUUGCCUGCUCUUUUGAGCAUGACUGCUGACUAGGAAUGCUUGCUAAAAUCAACUUUUUGAAACUGUUGUAACCAAAAAGUGUAAUUCUAACAUCUAAGCUUCAAAUCCUGUGAAAAAAGUGAGGAUUUUCCUUUUGGGCCCCACCCUUCCUCACUUGUGACAAAUGUGUAACCCUUUUAUUUUCUUUUAACUUUCCUCUUGUCAUUAAACAGGGUCACUGGUAUGAUGUGAAAGUUCGUGGUGGAAUUCAUGCAGAAAUACGAAGAAGAGAGGAUCUUCUUGACAGACCUGUAAGUAGUUUUUUUUUUUCAUCCUUCAGUGUGCUCUUUAUCUAUAAUCAUGUACAGAUGUAGCACACAAAAUAGCUUAUCACACAGUUAUCCAGGAAAAUAGAUUUCCAUGUACAGUAUAAAAUUAAAUUUCCUUAAUUAUUUCAUUUCACCCUUUGACCCUUAAGAGUGACCAGUGUUUAACUUUCCCUUACAAAAUCACUGCCUAAAAAGCUCUUGAUUGUUGAACAAAUUCUCCUUGUCAGCACCCUAGGAAAUGUUUAGAGAACAGUAUAGAGAAUAUGCUCACUGAUAUAAGGGUGUAAAGGUUUUUAGGAAAUGUAGUCCACAAAAUCUGCUUUCCAGUCUGAUUCUUUAUGUGAGGCCAAAUACUAUUGCCUUUUUUUUUGUCAAAGACAUGGACUGGGGAAUCGAUUUUUAAUGAUGUUUUAAAAAAUAAAGCCUCUCAUAUGAAACUGGUUUUCUUCAGGAACCAAUUGUACUGGCAUAUGAUAUUGAGACAACAAAGCUGCCACUUAAGUUUCCUGAUUCCAGCACAGACUCCAUCAUGAUGGUGUCUUACAUGAUUGAUGGCCAGGUAUUUAACUAAAUUUAACUGAACUGCAUUUCAAACUGGGUAAUUAAGUGUUAUCCACUGAACUGGCCACUGUAAAGGGUUUUAAAGCUGACGUUUCAAGCAUUAGCCCUUCGUCAGAGUGAAUGGCGAAGGGCUAACACUCAAAGAGUCUACUUUUAAACCAUUUUGGUGGCCAAUUUAUGUUGUCAACUCAGUUGAUAAUACUUAAUUACCCUGUUACACUCUCCCAUGGAUGCAGCACCAAAGUUUCUUUUGAAACUCACCCCUUUAUUCUUUUUGCAUUCCAAACUGUUUAGGAAGUGCAAGUGUAUGGCAGUGGUCUGUUACUUUUCUAUCUGUUGGAAUCAGAUCUUACUUGAUCAACUGCCUUGUUUUAUUUGUUAUAGGGCUUCUUAAUUAUUAAUAGAGAAAUAGUUUCAGAAGACAUUGAAGAUUUUGAAUACACGCCUAAACCUGAAUAUGAAGGACAUUUCACAGUCAUAAACGAGCCCAAUGAGGUAGGAACAUCAUGAUGAUGUCUACAAAACUUGGAUCAUGUGUACUAUAGGUGGCCUCAACAUAUCGGCCAGCAGUCGACCAAUGUAUCGGUCGACUAUCGGUCGAACAGUUCCCGAUAGUCGGUCAAUAGUCGACCAAUAGUUGACCGAUAUAUCAAACCGACUGACAGCCGAUAUGUAGCGAUUAAUUAACUGCCAGUGAAGUAUCGGUCAAGUAUCGCUCAAGUAUCGGUCAAAUAUCGGUUGACUAUCGACCGAUAGUCAGUCGGCUGUCGACUGAUAGUCGACUGAUAGUCGGUCGACAAGUACCUUGACAGUCGGCCGAUACAUCAGCCGAUAUAUUGGCUGACAUGUUGACCAAGGCCACCUACAGUACACAUGAUCCCAAAACUUUACUGUAAGAUGGAUUUUGUGCCUGAAUAUUGAAACAUUAUUGCUGAUUUUUUUUGAAAAGUUAUUUUUCAAUUCUUCUCUUGGUAGUUAAGCCUCCUCCAGCGUUUUUUCGAGCAUAUCCUGGAAGUGAAACCAAAUAUAUUUGUAACCUACAAUGGUGAUUCCUUUGAUUGGUAAGAGAUUUCUUUUCAUGUCCAGUGCGUGGUUUAAAUGGGGGCCUCUUUAAACAAUGACUAGACCAGACUACAACACUGGGAGCUAGGUUCCCUACCCUUUGGGAGAAGUGUGUGGGUUGUUUAAUGUCCCCUGCCAGCCAGCACAAAGGAAAUGCAUGAUACAAGGCCUUCUGUUUUUCAUCCUUAUGAAGACUAGAAUGUCUAACCAUUUGUGGAUGUUAUAGCAAAGGCAGCAUAUUCUCCUCAAUUAUUUUGGACCCUGAGUGUUGGUCUGGUCUGGGGCGUGGACCCUCAACCUCCAGCUCUUCAACAAGAGCUUACCAAGUGGAGUUAAGAUACAAGUUGUUAGUAAUUUCCACUUCAAUGAAUGCUUCAAGAAAAUAGGAUGAGGCUUUGAACUGGACAGUCCAAGGUUGUGAUAUGUCUUGCUUGAUCUAUGAGUAGAUGUGGUUGUUCUGGAUAGAGGCAUUCUUGAUAUGUAAGCCAUUUCUGGUCCAAAUGGGGCAGGUUUGAGGCAUUUCCCAAGACUUGUUCUUCUUGUGUUAAUACUUACUUUGAAAACAAUGUGUAUUUCAGGCCAUUUGUUGAGGCCCGUGCAACAUAUCAUGGUAUCAACAUGUUUGAUGAAAUUGGUGAGAAAUUAUACUUUUAAACAAGUCAGUGCUUCAUCGAUAAACAGGCAGUCAGUUAGUGAGUCAGUAACUUAGUUAUUUUCUCUGACAAAGGACUAAUUUACAGUUACCUCUAUCAACUUACAGUUAAUAACAUGCAGAGCACAGUCAGUCAGUCAUGAGUUAAUAAUAAGAUAAAGUCUUUUUGGAGAAAGCUACUUCAGUUUGAGUGAGGUUUGGAGGACUUUCAUUUGACUGUCCUUUAUGAUUUAAUAAUGUGUUUCAAAUUUGUCCUGACCUAUUCCUCAGUUCAUGGAUAGUGGAAGUUAAGAUGAGUGAAUUUCUUUGUGAUACACUCUUUUCAGGUUUUUCUGCUGAUGCACAAGGAGAGUACAAAAGUCGGGCGGCAAUCCACAUGGAUGCUUUCAGGUUUGUCUGAUAAUUAUCUUUUGACAAUCCAUUUUUCUUUAUGGACCAAAUCUCUAUAAUUUUGUGGCUAAGUGUUUACCUCAAUUGGUGAGAAGGGGUCUGAGUUUAAGCCCUCAAUAGUACAAUUGUUGUUUUUUUGUUUUGGGAUAAGACACUUACUCUCAUGGCACCUCCCUCUACCCAUGAGUAUAAAUGGGUACUAAUGAACUGUCAAUGAAGGAAAGUUGAUGAAAUCAUAAUGGCAGAACUGUCAACAAGAGCUGUUAGAAGGCCAAAAUGGCCAGCCAGUUGACCAUCUUAGGCCGUAACUUUCAAACCCGUCUGUCACAGGUGCUGAUACCAAAAGCCAUACCAUCUCAGAAAUUUUUACAGCAGCCAUUUCCCAGUUUGAGUGGUAUUGAAUGCAUAAUUUCCAGUGACAAGUUUAGAUGUGUGAAUGAAUCUCAUCUUUGGAAUUUGCUUGAAUAUACUUAAAAAAAGGUUGAAAAUGUGGUUUCUCGAACUUGUCGUUUAUGUCAUUUGCUGUUUUCUUUAGAUGGGUUAAAAGAGACAGCUACCUCCCUGUCGGAAGUCAAAACUUGAAGGCUACUACCAAAGUAUGGAGAGAAAAAUAUAUUUUUUUCAUUUAAUUUUUUUUUCAGUUAAUUCAUUUUUUUCGCCCUACUAAUUAGUGCUGCAUCAGAACAAUUUAAGCCUUUUUUUGUGGUAUGCAACAGUGCAAUUUAUCUCUAACCCUACAACUCCCAGAAGUGAUUCACAUGUAACUUCUCCCUACAAUAUCUGUCCACUAUUUAGCAAACUGGUAAUGAGAGUAUUCAAAUGUAUCAGGUAGAAUUUGUUUUCUUGAUCUAACACCAAAUUCUUGCAACUAAUUUAUAAGGAAAUGUGUAGCAGCUAGAGGGGAGAAUUAACAAUCAGAUCUUGGGAGUUAAAGGGUGAAGAAGUCUAAAAAAUAAAGGUACAGUGAGAUAAAGAAAAGAAAAUGUAGAACAAAGAAUAAAAAAAAGAAUGAAACAACUUGGAAAUCAGAAGUUGUAAAUCUUUGGCUGAACUGAUUGAGAGAUGUUACUCCCUUAAGUUAUAUUUAUUUAGACUCAUCAUUUAUUCAUACUCAUUUCAUCUCUCAUCUUUUUCUUAAUAUAAACUUCCACAAGGUGGUUAAAAGAAAAAAGGCUUAACCCUUUAACUCCAAAGAUCUGAUUGUUAAUUCUCCUCUCUAGCUGCUACACAUUUCUUUGUAAAUUAGUUAUGAUAAUUUAGUGUUAGAUCAAGAUGACAACUUCUACCUGAUUAAUUUUAGUUUUCUCAUUACCUGUUUGUUGGAUAAUGUAUGGAUAUUAUAAGGAGAAGUUUCAUGUUAAUCACUUCUGGGAGUUAAGGGGUUCACAGAAGGACAUUUUCCUUGAAAUCUGUGGGCGCAAUUGAAAGGAGUGUAUUUUAAUUCUUUCUCGGUAAUGAGACCUGUGUUCAGUCUUCAGUUAUCAUUCAUGUUGUUGACUGAAUUGUCUUUUUCUUUACCCGCAGGCUAAGCUGCGAUAUGAUCCCAUUGAACUGGAUCCUGAAGAGAUGUGCCGCAUGGCCAGUGAGCAACCUCAGGUAAGAAAUGUUUUAAACUUGCUGCCAGGCAUCCAAACUGAAGAAAUAUACUCAACUCAAUAUCUGUAUAAUCUGUUUCAUCUGACUUGUACAAUCUUGUUUGACUGAAAGGAAAACAAUAACAUUUGAAUAAAGGAAACUAGAUGAAAUGAAAGAAAAUGCCACUUAUGAGAUAUGUAAGCCAGAGAGAGAAAGUGAUCCACAAAAAGCAAAACUUUAUUCACUCCAGAACACAUGAUUUGGACCCUAUUAUGCAUAUCUAACCCAGUAUUAUAAGACAUACUGCAAUCAACACAAAGCCUGAAUAAAUUAAUGAACAAAUAAAUUUAAUAGGAGCAGCAUUUCCACUGGGGGGGGCUCUUUGUUCAGUGUCUUCGAGUCAGAUUAGAAUUUGGAAUGUUAGUUGCAAUGGGGGGAAGAAAACCAGAAGACAGGGAGAAAAACCUUCAAAACAUGGUGGUCACCAUGUGAUCUGAACAAUGUUACCCUGUACUUCUAGACUUUGUUAUUUUUUCUCAACAUGCUGGGUUAAAAUGUCUAACUGAAUGUUAACAUUUCUCUCAACCAGGAAUUGGCAAAUUACUCAGUUUCUGAUGCAGUUGCAACUUACUACCUUUACAUGAAAUAUGUCCAUCCAUUUAUCUUUGCACUGUGCACCAUUAUUCCCAUGGAGGCAGAUGAGGUGGGUAUAAGUCAUGUCAAACUCUCUUGUGUGGUAUAAAAUUUAAGUUGGUGGAGUUGAAACUACUCCAAGGAAAAUUAGGAGUGUUACUCCCAGUGCCUUCAAGGCACAGAAACACAGACAAGAUCUCAUUGGAAUGAGCUUAAAUUAGUUUUAACUGUUUAGAUCCUAAAUAAUCAAUUUUACAGUUGUGUACUUAGUUGCCAAGCCUUUGAUUUGGAGUGAAGCUGAAGGUGACCAUGUUGUGAUGGAGACCAGUAUCUAGUUAGCAUGAUAACAGAGUAUUUUACUUUUGAAAAGCAGCAACAUUUUGUAGCGUAACAAGGUCAACAUUAGCCUCACUCCUGUUCAAAGGCUUGGCAACCAAGCACGCAACUAUAAGAUGGGCUAUUGCAGUCUCUUCUAGAAUCAGGGGUCAAACCCUGUUUUAAGUCUCUAUAGCUUCUACAAUUUAAUUCAUGAAUUUGUCUGAUAUUAAGAGUCGUUAUGCAAAAGGAAAUGCAAAAGUUUGGGUAGGCAAGAAAGCACAAAGAGAGAAUGAAGAACAUGGACACAGUAAACAAAUGUGGACAUUGUACACUUUGUAAAGCCACAUUCCCUAGCUACGUUUACAGGUUUGUGUCAGCUCACUAUUAUAACACGCCUUGUAGGUUCUCAGGAAAGGAUCAGGAACAUUGUGUGAAGCCCUGUUAAUGGUGCAAGCCUUCCAUGCAAACAUCAUAUAUCCUAACAAGCAAGAGCAGGUCAGGGUUCUGUCAUGUUGGUCACCUGUAUUUUGCUUUGCUUCAGGCAGUUUGGCUCCUAAUGGCACAUGUUAUUUCCUUUUUCCAGUUGGCUAUCACAAUUACUCAUGCUGUGUUCUUAUGACAUUGAAACUAGAAGCCCUUUGCAUUUUUUCAGGUGUUUAAUAAGCUGACAAGUGAUGGCCAUGUGCUUGACUCUGAGACGUACGUAGGAGGUCAUGUAGAAGCUCUUGAGUCAGGAGUAUUCAGAAGUGACAUCCCUUGUAGAUUUCGAUUGGUAAGUGUCAGGGAACGAGUGGUGAAGGUCAUGUUAGGUGGGGCAGUCAUUUAAACCAUUUUUGUUGAGCAAUAGUCGACUGCUAUUUUGCUUCAGAUGUCACCUGACUGUUUGAGGUGUUGGUUAACCAUCAGCUGAUUACUGACAUGAGACUAUUGCUGGAGUAUCAGGAAGCAUUCUAGACGGAUUUAUUGACCAAUGCAUUAGCCAAUACAUAUUAUGAAAUAAGGGUUACCAAGGGUGCAUAUGAUCUAAGGCAUCUAUAUAAUUAUGCUAAUACUGUCUCUCUAUGAAUAAUCUCACCUGGUUAUCCCUUCAUGACCUAGAAUAUUAACAUACCCUAUUUAAUCAACUAAGUGUCUAUGCUGUAAUAUGCACUCUUCUCCAAAUAACCACCCAUCCCUUGGGCCACAAUAUCAAACAAGCACUCCUCCCACAUAAGCAUCCCCCCCCUCCUUCCUUCCUUUCUUCAAUAGAAGAGAUACAAGGAAAACCUGUUUCCAUUGCCACUUUGUGUAUAACUUUUUAGGCUUCAAGUACAGAUUAAUAGUUUCUUAUUAAGCACCUCCUGCAAUUUAGCCCUCUCCUUGCAAUGAAAACCCCUCCUUUUAGCCAAUUUUUAGUUAAGUGCCCAGGUGUUUAUUCAAGGAAAUAUGGUGCUCCAACCGUGAGACUUACUUCAGUCCCUUCCAUUUAUGUUAUAGGUUCCUGAUGCAUUCCAAAAACUUAUCAAUAAUGUGGAAAGCACAAUGCGACAUGCAAUUGUUGAAGAAGAAAAUAUUCCUAUGGAUAUUGUUACAAAUUUUGAUGAGGUUAGUAUAUCCUGUAAAAUUCAAUAUUGUUCCAUAGAUUGGAUAGGAAAUGUUACCAGGACUAAGUUAUCCAAAGGAGAGUAAAAUUAGAAAACUGCAUGCUUAAUAGCAAAAUUGAUGGACUGUGUGUAUGUAAGGUAUGAGUCAGUCAAGUAUUUGUCACUACCAUUGGACAACAUGUUGACUGGGGCCAAUACUUUACAGUCACUUGGUCAACAAUGUGCCUUGGUUGGCUCUUGUUACUGAGUGCUAUCUUCUCUACUCAAAUACUGGCAUAUUUUCUCCAAUUCCUUAAAAGAGAUUUUUGGUGGCCAAUCAUCUGUUCUUGACCUUUAAUGCCUGCAUGUAUUUCAAAUGGCAGCUUUUGGAGCUUAUCCUCUCUCCAUCAGCAUAGAUAUAUCAACUGACACUUGGCCAUCAUUUCAAAUGAUAGUAUCGGUCAAUACUCAGCUGACAGAUACCUUGAGUACACAUGAUCUGAUUAAACUGCAUUACACAGCUUGUAGCAGUUGGCUGUUGUCUCCAUCAUUAGGAUGACAUGGCCCUGGUUGUUAGUGUGCCUUUAAGAUACCCCAGCUUCCUUUUUGCUUUCAUUUAACCCUUUGAUCCUUGAGUGAUUAGGAUCUAAGUUCUCCCUACAAUAUACCUAAUUUCUCCAUGCGAUAUCACCCCUGAAUCAAACAGUAUGGUCAUGAGACUAAAGUAGAUGAUCACUAAAUGAUAUUUAGAUACAGUAUCAAUAUUUAGAUAUAGUAUCAAUAUUUGAUUUUUGGUCCUGAAAGGUUUGUUCCGAGAUCAAAGACAAGUUGGCAAGUUUGCGAGACACACCUGCAAGACUGGAGAACCCUUUGAUCUAUCAUCUUGAUGUGGGUGCCAUGUACCCUAACAUUAUCCUUACCAACAGACUCCAGGUAACAACUUUUAAAAAUCAGGAUGAAGGGUCAUGCAUUGUUGUCAAAACCUGUAAAAAUUUGCCCCUGAAUGUCAUUUGAAGAAGACAUGAUAUUUUGUAGUACAACGUUUCCACAACAAUUUUCUCACCCCUGCUCUGCUUAUGAUGUUUUUGUUGUUCUUGUUGCACUAUUGUAGCCAUCUGCUAUGGUUGAUGAGGCAACUUGUGCUGCAUGUGACUUCAACAAACCAGGAGCAAAAUGUCAGCGAGUCAUGAACUGGACUUGGAGAGGCGAUUUUAGUAAGAAGUUAAUUUUUAUUUCAGAAAAAGGGGUUUUUCCCAGUUUUUAUCCAACAACCAAUUACUGCCCUACCUUUACCCCUUUGCUCACUUUUUUUAUGUCUGACAGAUCUAAGUUGUUUAUAAUCUGAUGUGAAACAUGAGAAAAGCUAGAGUCAUGUCAACAUUUGCAGCUGGAUUUUUAUGAAAUACGUAUCAUUCCCAUAGAAAAGACAAUAGAGAGGCAGUAUAUGGCAACAUAUGGUGCAUAGUGUCCCAUAUCAAAACCCUAUGAAAUCCAUAUAUGGCCCAUAGAUUUUCCCACAUCAGACCCAUAUAUGGGUCAUAUAUGUCCCAUAUCACUUAGUUUGGUAAGGGUGGAUCCACUUUAGUACACAAGAGUGCAUCAUGUGGUUCUCCCCCCAAAAUAAAAUUUGUGGAAUUUUCUACAGCAUAUCUUUAAUUUAAAUCAUUAAAAAAAGGAAACCUGUAGUCACACAUUUGCAAAUAAUACAUUCUGAAAACAAAAUUCAAAUACAUCAGAGGAGAUGAAUUGAAGAAAAAUUCAGCACAUAGGAAAAAAGGAGAUUUCAAAAAGAGGCCUAAAAAGGGCACUGCAUAGUACCUAUAGUACUACACAAAAGGUCUGAGAACAGAUCAUGAAAGGCUGAUACCCAGAGAUCAGUUGUAGGAAGAUACAACCACAGAAUAAUUUUAGACUUGGGCUUUUCCACAGGAAGCCCACCCAAUAAAUCAAACUAGACUGCACUCUUUGACCAAAACCACACCCACUCACUUGGGUGGCUAUUUUCUUUUGUAUUGCAUCCACUUCAUUUCUUGAACUCCUUACAUGUGAAUUUUUUCCUAUCAGUGCCAGCAACUCGUAAUGAAUAUCAAACCAUCAAACAGCAGCUUGAAGUAGAAAAGAUUCCUGGUGUUAAUCCAGGUGAUCCCACAAGAUCUUUCCAUUCUCUAACCCUUGCUGAGCAAGCUCAGAUGGAAAAAAAGAGAUUGCAAGGUAAGAUGUGCAGUGCCAAUAAAAGUGAUGUCAUUUUAGGAUCAAGAUUUAGUGGUAUGAAAAGGGUUUGUGCAUUUAAAUCUUGAUUGAGUGGGGAAUUGAUUAGUGUUAGAGAUCAGGCUAUGAGUCAAUGCUGAUUUCAGCCAGUUCAUGUUUUUUACAGUUAAUGUAAGUUCUUUCCUAACUUGUUCCAUGUCUGUUUUCAGAUUACUGCCACAAAGCUUACAAGAGAGUGCGUGUAAGCAAGCAAGAAAUCAGAAAUACCAUGAUUUGCCAACGAGAGAAUUCAUUUUACGUGGACACUGUGCGAGCUUUCCGUGACAGGCGUUAUGAAUUCAAAGGGCUUCUUAAGGUAUAUUAAUAACCCUGAGAGAUCACAAUAGUUCACUACAACAGUUUGAUUCUUUUCUGAUAUCUAUUAGUCUUGUACAGUAACCAUCAAGUCUUAAUUAAGGCAGUGAUUGUUGUGUGAAGAAAUGAUACUUCCUAGUAGCCUGAGCCAGUAGUCAGAGCAAAUGACAAAGGGCUAAUGCUUGCAAAUUUACAUUUUCAACUGAGUUGAUAAUGCUAAAUUAACUUGCUGUAAACUGUCUGUUUUGUGGUCCAGUAACAUCAUAUGGUGUCAGGAGUGUGAUACCAACCCACACCUCCAAUAACGAGUGGAAUCUUGAUGAAUAGGACAAAUUUUUAUGAUGAUUUUUACAGAUCACAAUGAAUGAUUUUAGUUGUUCACAGCUUGGGCUAUUCUUGCCCUUUCACUCUUAAGAUCAAAAUACAUAUUUUCUGCACUGUCUCCUGUGUACAUCUGACAUGAUUUUAGUUGAAAUAUAAAUGUCUGGAAGUUGAUUUUCUCUCUCUCUGAUACAAGAAUACAUUGAUAAUGUAAGGAGAAAUUUCUUUUUUUGUUCACUUCUGAGAGUGAAAGGAUGACUAAGAAUCACAUGGGUUUAAACAUAAGCUUUCCCUCUGAAUCAAACAAUGGACGCAAUACAUUGUUUUCUUCAAAGGCUUGGAAACGAAAACUUGGUGCUGCUAUGCAAAGUGGUGAUCCUGAAGAAAUCAAAAGGUAAUGAAAUUUUCUUAAAGGUGUGGAAAUCUUGAAUGCAAAGACUCCUACAGUCAGCUAAACCCAUCAAAUUUUGACAACAAACAGAAAUGAAGACAGUGGUAAUUUUUUAAGACAAGUUUGUUAGACAGAUCAUGGUUUGAACCUUUGGGGGGGGAAUAACAUGUGAUUGUGCAGUCUAAUUGUCUGAGAAGAACUGUUGUUGGUAGGUUUGACUGACAAUAGAUGACUCUCUACUUUGAGGUAUAGUUGAUGUUUAAAAACUACAGUUAUCUUACUACAAACAUUCCCUUUGAUUUUAACUGAUUUUAUUGAUUUUAAGGAUAUCAUGGUUAUUUUCCCUCAUUUUUCAGUUGUAAAAGCAAAGAGGUUUUGUACGAUUCUCUUCAGCUGGCCCACAAGUGUAUCUUGAAUUCUUUUUAUGGUUAUGUCAUGAGGAAAGGGUGAGAAAAGUUAUUUCUAUCUCCAUACAGAUUUUAUGUCGUCAUGGAUAAUGUUGCAGUGUUUUUUUUCUAUUUAAGAGCUCUCCUUCCAAUAAGUGCCCCUCCUUUUAGCUUGAAUUUCAAAUAAUUGCCCUGAAUAUAGCUUUUUUAUUUCUAGUAGAAAUCUUUGUGAACCAGCCUUGUAUUGAAACAUGCUACAAUAUGAUUAGCUACCUUACUAUUCUAUUCUGUCUAUUUCAUGAUGGGCUAUGUGCAGCCCCACACCGUGUGGUUUUAUACAAAAUAAUAAAAUUGAAACAUAGGGCUAUCUUGUUUUUAUGUUUUGAAGGACUGCCCAAUGUAUACAGAAACAAUUGAAUUACUUCAAUGAGUUAUACUUGAAUCUUACUUCCUCCUCAAGAACUAUCAUCAAAUCUUGCCCUCAUAAAAUAUUUGUCAAUUUUUUCCUCUACCAGUAACUCUCGCAUUACCUGUUGUUUUCAGGGCUCGAUGGUAUUCAAUGGAGAUGGCUGGCAUUGUUUGUCACACAGGCGCCAAUAUUAUCAGACAAGCUAGAGAAAUUGUGGAACAAAUUGGGUGAGCUCAUGCAGUUAGAUAACUCUUAAAACAAAUUACUACAACCUCUUUGUUGUGGAAAAAAGACAGACUGUUUUAUAGCAAGGCCUUAAAAUCUGACCAUUGUAUCUAGCUUGGUGCAUGAUCACAAUGUAUCUAAUUCUCUAAGACAGCAGCUAAAAAGAAGAAAUACAACCUUUACAUUUUACUGUGCACUCAAAAUUUAAAGUGACAAUAUUAAAAAGGUAUCCUUUAUUGAUUACUAAUUCAUUAGUGGCUUCUGUUUAUUAGACGUCCUCUAGAACUAGACACUGAUGGAAUCUGGUGUGUUCUGCCAGCAAGUUUCCCCGAAAACUUCCAGGUGAAGAUUUAUUUAUUGGCUUUAAUUUUUCUAAACUUGACCAAGAGAAUAUGACCCACCAAAUUGACCAAUCACAGUUUGCAUAUUAACUGAGAAAUAAUUGAUCAAAUAUUUGACUCACAGAUAACUACAUCUAACCCAAAGAAGAGUAAAGUGGCAAUUUCAUACCCUGGAGCUAUGUUGAACAUCAUGGUUAAGGUAUUUAGUAUGUUGGUCUUGAUUCAUUCGUAAAGACAUGUGAUAAAUUGCUGUUCAAACUUGUAGUUUCUUAAAAGAUUUUGUUACCUUGCCGUUUUUUCCUUUCAGAACCACUACACCAAUGAUCAGUACCAUGAACUUACAGAUGCAGAGAAUCUGACCUACGAAACAAGAAGUGAAAACUCCAUCUUUUUUGAGGUACACCUCUGCACAGUAUGAGUACUAAAUGCUAUCGAAUGAAUUUUCCUUAGCUUAUAAAUGUUGUAGUUGUGAUAUUUACAAUCUUUAAAAGAGAAAGUGUUUGAAAUUUAAUUGAUGUUUACAAAAUUUGACUCAUCUGUUUUGUAGAAAAUUGUAAGUUAGCCCCUCUUAAUCAGCAGUAUGUAUAAUAGUUUAGACUAGGAGAAUUACAUUUCAUUGAUAAUGGGAAAGGGAACUGAAAUUGAUAUAAUUUCUUUAUUGUCAGGUUGAUGGUCCCUACAAGGCAAUGAUUCUUCCUGCCUCAAAAGAGGAAGGAAAGAAAUUAAAAAAAAGGUAAAAGUGUGAAUUAGUGUUGUACAGCAUUUUUGUGUACCCUGGAGAAUACAAGAUUGAAGGAGUCAGUUGGUGUUGCAUUGCAUCUGUUUUGAAAACUAAAGAAUACUAAGUACUGUAUUGAACUAAAAUGAUCAUCUUGCAGAACUUCACCAGGUUGACCUUUUGACCCUUUUAAGUGACUAACAUCCAAUUUCUCCUUACAAUAUCACACAUGAAUCACACACAAAGGUCACAAGAAGAAAGGUAAUGAUCACCACCUUAUAAAAUCCCUUGAUUGUUAAACAAAUUCUCCUAAUUAUUCUUCUCCUAAUGAAGGAAAUGUAUGGAGAAUUUCCCCACUGAUAUUAGGGAGUAAAGGAUCAAAAUUACCAUCAUUUUGCGAGUGAUACUUACAAUAUUUGCAGUUGAAGAUGUUGAUAUAGUGGCACUACUCUUCCAACUUGAACCCUUGAUUAAACACUUAUUAUGUGUAUUUUGAUCUGUAUAUACAUUCAUUUUUAAUUAAAAUGGUUACACAAUUAUUUCCUAUCAGAUAUGCAGUGUUCAAUGAUGAUGGCUCCUUGGCAGAAUUGAAAGGAUUUGAAGUUAAGCGACGUGGUGAAUUACAACUGGUCAAGAUUUUCCAGUCCUCUGUUUUUGAGGCUUUCCUUCAUGGGAAAACUCUAGAAGAAGUUUAUGCUGCUGUGGCUCAAGUUGCAAACUACUGGCUUGAUGUUCUCUACAGCAAGGUGUGGUAACCCCAUUAUUCCUGCCAAAAAAAUGAAAUUCUCUUCACAAUAUUAAUACAAUGUUUGAGCUAAUUUGCUUAAUGUCUUUGUAUGUGAGGUGAAUUCAUGUAAAUUACUUAAGCUUAAAGUGUCCAUCAUAGGCUGAACUGUUGAUAUAAAUUAUUGAUAAAUGUUAAAAUUUUUCUCCUUCUCCCAAUCCUUUUAGGAGUCUAUGUAGUUAAUUAUGUUUUUAAAGCUCUUGGCUGUGGCAGUACAGAAUUGAAGAUUUUAACCCUGCUACGGAGAGAUUUAUCAACUCAGUACCUAUGCUAAUUUUCUUCUUUAAGGCAACAAAUAUGCCUGACAGUGAACUCUUCGAACUUAUCUGUGAGAACCGCAGCAUGUCUAGAAAGCUUGAAGAUUAUGAAGGACAGAAAUCAACCUCAAUCAGUACAGCGAAGAGACUGUCGGAAUUUCUUGGUGAUCAGAUGGUCAAAGACAAAGGUCUCAGCUGCCGGUUUAUUAUUUCAAGAAAGCCAGAAGGAUCACCAGUGACUGAGAGAGCCAUACCCUUGGCAAUCUUUCAAACAGAGGAUGGUGUGAAGAAACAUUAUCUACGACGUUGGCUGAAGGAUGCUUCCAUGAGCAGCUUUGACAUCAGAGAUAUCUUAGAUUGGCAGUAUUACAUUGAGCGGCUUAACAGUUGUAUUCAGAAGAUCAUCACCAUCCCAGCCGCACUGCAAGGGGUAUGACUAAGUUUUCACAGUUGUUUAAAUAUGUGAUGAUGUUACCUUUAACUUGAUAAUGAUCAUGACCUGCUGGUAAAUUUGAAAGGAUAAUUAUUGUUUCUCUGAAUUUUGGCUCAGGCAAGAGGAAAAAUUAUUUACUUCUACUUCAAGGGCAAAAUUAUUUUAACUUUGAUAAUCAGCAAAUCAACAUUGCCUAUCAAUGUAGCCUGACUAAUCUUCAGAAGUAUUCAUUUUCAUUAACAUUUUUGUGAACCCUUUAACUCCCAAGAUCUCAUUAGUAAUUCUCCUUACUGUCUGCCAAACGAUUCUCAUUAUGUUAGUUUGAAGAAUUUGGUAUCGCAUCAAUUAGUAAUCCCGUAAUUGAUAUUUUUCUUUAUUCUCAUCACUUGUCUGCGUGAUAUUGUAUAGAUAUAGUAAGGAGGAAUUCUGUCUUGGUCUCUCACCGAAGUUAAAGGGUUAAAGCAUGGUUUUGCAAAAAAUUUAUGGAUGUAAGCUGUAUGAUUUAAAAUCUGCUUCACUUUCUUCUUAAAAAUGGGGAUUUCUUUUAGCUGGCAAAUAUUUUCAACAACUUUUAUAUAGCUUGCAACAAACAGUGCCUCUACAAUCUCAUACAGUAACCAUUCCUUAUCAUGAUUUAACACAAUUGACCCAUCAUAUAAUUAAUCUAAUGAGGUUUUCCUUUCUACUUUCACUUUUUGUUACAUUUUCAAGAAUAAAUGAGAAAUAAAAGACAAUUUUGUUUUGUAUGGUAAAUACAUUGAAAGAGGGUUUCUCUCUAAUGAUCAUUAGGAUUCUUCAAUUAAAUUAUUGUUAAAGUACAGUAUUCUCACUUUUUACCUUUGUUUAGGUCAGCAACCCUGUUCCUCGUUGCUCCCAUCCAGACUGGCUGCACAAAAGACUAUUAGAAAGAAAUGAUGUUUUUAAACAACAGAAGAUCAAUGCCAUGUUUGCACCACUUCCAAAAAAGAAGGUGGAAAUUUUAUCCUUUUUUUAACAAAUGAAAGAAAGAGCAAACAACAUAAAAUAAACAAGACUAAAACCAGUGGGAUCAUGUGUUGAAUGACAAUCCCUCUGUUCAUGGUUGAUUGAUUUAAAAACUGUACUGGCCAACAUCAGUUAACCAACUGAUUGACUAUCAACAGAUAUUUAAACAAUAUUUCAGCAAUGGCUAUCAAUUGUGUGCAAUCCUGUGCAUAAUUUGUCAAAGGAGCAGGAAAGAUAGUUAAUUUUUAGUAAUGAAAUAACGAAAGGUGUGUUUUUUUGCCUUGUCUCAAGUGUGAGACAAAGAAAAAAAAUUUUAGUCCUUUUGAGAGAUGGAACCUCAGAAUUCUUUGGAUCUGUAACUUGGUUGAUAUAUUACACACUCUCUUUCCUUAAUAAACUGGUCACAAGACUUAAGAAAUAUUUGUUCUCCUUUGAUUUCCAUUUAGCUACAGGAUGACAUCUCCAAUCAAGAGAAUCACAGUCCUCCCACUAGCCAAUCCUUGGAUAUAGAGGAUAUAGCUGGGAAAGGAAAAUCACCAACUGGUAUACCUGUGGCCACCAAGAGGAAGCAUGGACAAAUGACUCUUGGCAGUAGUUUUUCCAACAUUGCAAAUCAAAAUUCCUCGAAGCAAACUGAGGGACCAUUGUCACAAACAUGGAAAGAAGUUUUAGGAGAACCUCCACAAUGGGGACCGAACAAGGUGAACUACUCAAACUUGCACCUGAGGGAUAGCAUGGAAAAAAGUCCCAAGCAACUUUUGAUGGAUUGCUAAGUUCUUCUAUAAAGUUAUCCAUUCCUUGAGAAAUGCAUGAAGAAUUUGGUAAUUCAUUAAAAGUCACUCAGGGUCAUAAUUUUGGGCAACUUAUUAAGUCUUUUCUAGUUACCAGUAGUUCAGCAGAACUAAGGACAGUUUGUCUUAAAGUGUCAGGUGUGUAACUCAGUGUACUGUAGAUUCUGUGCCCCUCAGCUCUGAUUUUCAGUGAUUCAGUGUGCAUUGCAAAUGUCAAGUCUGAUUAUUUUUGAUUAAUUAUGAAUGAUUUGUUUUUUGAGCAAUUAAGUUUGACUGAUUGAUCAAGUCAUUGAUCUGAUUUUCAUUUGUUUAAAACCGUUUUCACUUGUUUGAAACCACUCAAAACCACUUGGUGCUGCAAACUAGGUGUAAAUUAGGUGAGCUUGUAUCGUAUUACAUCACUUUCUCUUAUGAUUCACCUUAUGAUGUGAUUUGAUCAAUACACCUUUUUAGGAAGACAAGGAGAAAUGGGUGCAAUUUCAAAAGAAAAAAUGGGAAUUCCAGGCCAAGCAACGUGCUGAGAGGAAACGUCUGCGUAAGGAAGCUGAUUCUAUGGGUAUGAGCACACUGGCUGUUGGGCGUGGCCCAUCCACUGGGCUGUCAACAUUUAUGAGACAGCAAGCUAGGUCUCUUGUAGAUACUCCUUGGCAAAUAAUACAGGUGAGGGUUUGUGUUUGACAUCUCAAGAUGAAAAUAUUGUUUUAGUCCCUUUUUUCGGUUUUACAUUUACCUAAUGGAUCUACUGUAGCUUGAAUAAGCAGUAACUGAAGUGCUUUUGUUUUAUUCUAUAUUUUAGUUGGCUGAAACUGAUGAUCCAGGGACAUUCAAGGUUUGGGCUGUAGUAGGUACAGACCUCCAUACAAUCAAAGUUAAUGUGCCAAGGAUUUUUUAUGUAAAUUGCCACACCCCAAAAGAAGGAGCUGGGACAAGUAAGUUCAGUGUAUUUCAUUUCUCACACAACUUUUCUUAUGGCUUCAACAACAACAGCAACAAGACAGUAUCACUAACAAUGUGGACUUUAUGUCUAUAGAUAAAGAUGUUACCUUAAAUUUCCCAUCUUAAUCUAAAGUAGUUGGGACAUUACUGUGGUGUUAGUGAAUGAUGCACAAUUAGAUUUGAUGAAAAAAGCUGCAACAAGCUAAGACCAUUCUGUGCCACACAGCACUUACCUCCCUCUGUAGUGGCUCAGAUAAGCUGCCCACACCUGAUAUGAUAUGUGGGUUGAGUUUUUGGUGGGUUCUUCUCGUUGUUCAAAUAGUUUUUUGCUUGGAUCUCUGAUUUACUUGUAACUCCCUCCUUUAAAACCAUCAUUCCAAAUUCUAAUUCAUCCUGAAAUUGGUGCAAGAAGAACUAAUGUAAAGGAAAAAAAGUAGCAUGAAGUUAUUAUUAUAAUUAGCACAUUGCUUCUUCCACUUGAUAGGAUGCCAGUCCAUCUUAGGUAACCUUCACACCCUAGCAUUUCAACAAACUUUCACAAAGCCCAAUUAAAGUUAGGCUGUAAAUAAACCAUUUAUGGCAAAAAUUCAUCCCAGGGUUCAGCACACAAAAGCUAGGUUGUAUAAACCUUUAUAAAAAUUACUGGAGCUUUUGCCAACGAAAAGUUUAUAUGUACAUCCUUUCAGCAUGGAGGAAAGUUUCCCGGACAUUGCCACACUCUCAUCCAGUGCUUAACCUCUAUGAGUACACUGUUCCUGAAAAAAUUUUUAGAGAUCAUUCAAGGUAAGUAAACAGACUCUCAAAAGUGUUCCUCCAAGAAAACUUAAUGUUCCAGCAAGUUUAAGUGUUGAACUUUGCCAUUGAUGCCUUGAUCAUGGAACCUCUCAGUAUUCAGUAACAUCAAUGUGUUGAUAUUUUUUAUUGUUUUUAUUUUUUCAUUAUUUUUUCAGUGAACUGGCCACAGAUUUAUCAUCCCCUGACAUUGAAGGAAUUUAUGAAUCACAGGUUUGAAUGGACAAUUUUUGCUUGUUGCAUUAUUUUAAUACAGCUAGACUAUUAUCCUAUUGAGUGUCCAGCAGCAUCAAUGAUGUCCAAAAAUGUCAUGAGAGGCACCAUUUUGCAACUGCCAUUGUACAGGUGGCUUGAUAUAGCAUUUAAGCAUCAGCACUUUGUCUUUUUUCUUUUUUCUUUUCAUGUUUCACGUAAUAUCAAGGUUUUCAUUUCAUGUAUUAGAAGACCUUAGUCGAUAAGGGUUUGCUGUUCCCUCACCACUUACCUUAUUUCUUGAGGGAUUGGCUGUUUGUGGUUCACCAGUCUGAGGGUUGAUUCUAUCAGAGCAACUGGGCACGCACCCCUUCCCUAACCCAACAUUAACCCUAACUUGUUAACAAUUGGUAUAUAUUAUGUGCUUUAUUGUCAAUCUGUGAACUUAUUUUAUGUUGAUCACUUAAUUUUUAGGUUCCCUUGCUGAUAAGAGCAAUAAUUAAACUUGGAUGUGUCUGUAAAGUGAACAAGAUCUUUGCAAGGCUGUUUAAUGGAACGGUUAGUAUUAUUCACCAAAUGGAGGUGAAUAGUGGUGGCAGAAUAUUCUAGAUUAUUAUAUGGCAAAGUAGUUGUGAGGUAAAUCCAAACAUGCAAAUUGGUUUGGGAUGUUGGCAUACAGACCAUCUUCACAAAAAGGUUCACAGGUCAAACAAUAACAGCAACAACAAAACAAGGUCAGUCUUCAGUAGGUGUCUAAGCUGCAGCCAUACUGAAUAAUAUUGGCCCUAAGUCGCUUUUGUACAGACCCAGCACAGCAGGGUCUGUACUACCACUACCUUAGUAGGAAGUUAAUAUUCUUGAACAUAACUGUAAACCCCUCACAAUUAUGAAUUAUCUGUCUUUCAGGAUCUGGAUACAUUUGAGCUGGACCAACUGGAGUUCAAGACUCUUGCUGAGUGUUCCUACAUGGAAAAUGUGAAUCUGAAGAAAAUCUAUUUCUACCACAGCUCUUUGUAAGAACGAUUUCAUUACUACCUUAAUGUUUCUGUUCUUCCGUUCAUGUCAUAUGGGAAGCAAGCAAUUCUUUUCUGGUUUGUGACACACUCCUUUGCAAGUUCAAUUGGCACUUGUGAAUUUUAUCAGUUUGUCUUUAUGCCAGGGAGAAUUUCAUUCCAGAUGUACAUGUAAUAUUUUGAAUGACAAAUCUGCUCUAAAUACAGUUAUUUUUAUUAUGACUAUCAUUAUGGUGGGCUUCAGCAAAUAAAAUUAAUUUGUAUCUUUCUCUUAUAGAGACAGUCGAGUCAUAUUUGCAGUCUUCAUUCCAGCUUUACACAAGGUAUGAUUUAAUGCAUCAGCAAAUCAGUAAAAUUUUUUUGUGGACUAUAAGUUUGGUAUCAAUGCUUGUUUUCACUGUGAGUCCUUUUAGUGAAAGUUGCAAAGACUGCAUGGAUUGCUUGCUCAGUAACUGUGUGAAAACUGUUGAAAUUAUUGUUGUCAGGAUGUGAAAAGGAUCAUUUUUGAGAUACAAUCAAUGUUUUACUUACCUUUUGACCCAUAAGAGUGACUAAAAUUCAAUUUUUUCUUACAUGAUCACCCCCAAAUCAAACAUUAAGGUCAUGAGAAUAAAGGAAAUGACUACCAACUAAAGAAGCUUUUGAUUGUUAAACAAAUUCUCCUUGUCAGCACCUAAGGAAAUGUUUAGAGAACAGUAGGGAGAAUAUGCAUACUGAUGGUAGGGUGGAAAGGGUUAACUUGUAGAGAUGAAAAACUAUUUUCUUUAGGUCUCUUUGAUAUAAAAAAAAAAUUCUAAAAGCCAACUCUUGUUUUUCAGGCUUCUGUGUUUGUUUUAGAUUUGGUGAGAAAUAACCAGAUGCCAAACUUGUCUUCUUUGUACCAAGCAGAAAGAAAUGCAAGGUAUCUUAAGAUUGCAGUUAGAUAUUAAUUGAAAUGAAGGAGGAAAUAUAUGUAACAAAGGAGACGAGGAGCUCCUGCCUUCUUUUUUGUAGAAAUACUAAAGAAGAUCUUGUAAUUUUUAUUCUCAUCCUUGUCUAAGACAAAAUUUUAUUUUUUAACCCUUUAACCCCUAAAAGUGACUGGCAUCUACUUUCUCCCCACAGUAUCACCCCUGAAUCAAACAUUAAGGUAAUGAGAAUUAAGGAAAUGAUCACCAACUAAAGAAGCUCUUGAUUGUGAAACAAAUUCUCCUUGUCGACAACUUUGGAAAUAUGUAGAGAACAGUAUGGAGAAUAUGCAUACUGAUUUCAGGGUGUGAAGGGUUAAAACUUUAAUUUCAGGGCAGAAUUAACACACAAGUCUUCAUGAGUCUUCAUGUUGCCAACCCCAGAAUGAGAUGAUUAAGCUGGGUAGUUUAAAUGGUAUAUACAUGUACUUCAUAGCUGAAUUAAUGCCAUUUUGUCAUCUACACGACAUUUGGCCAUAAAGUGUAUACCACUUAAAUGCAGUUUGGCUCAAUAAGACUUGAUAGACUGCUUGAAGCAACUAAAGUUUUGUCUUAAGCAAAUUAUUAAGAGGAUACAAGAUUAAAUUUUAUGGAUAUUUUAUUUGCAGGCUUGAAAGGGAUCAAGGAGAUGAAAGUAUUUAUCCUCCAGACAAUCUUACAUUUGAUGUCAGAGUUGAUACUGACUCUAGACAGGUACAAAUUACCUAAGCACCUUAGAUUAUUUAAAGAUUGAUUCUGAAUUGUCUGGAAUUUUGCCUGGGAAAAAGUUCUUAAUAUGGUAGUAACCAGUUUAAUUUAGGUGAGGCAAUCCAGCAUGCCAAAUAUUUAACCCAGUAAGAGCAAGUAUUUUUAUAAAAUCAUUGUCUAUUUUUCUUCAUAGUUCUUUUAAAUUUGGGUUUGUAAUACGUGGUAUCUUUACAGACCUACAGGGCAAUUCAGAGAUUUCUUAUGGCCUACAAAGAGGAGAAGCGAGGACCCACAAUGAUUUUGGUGCAGUCACCUUGGGGUAUGAUACUUCUUGUUAUUCACAGUUGUUAGCCACAGCUCCGUGGAAUCUAUUUGUUUUAUGAUUUAAAGAAAGCAAAAUAUUGUUAAUGGUAACAUCAUCUAUGGGUCUGUCCUUCAUUAGAUCAUAAGUUAGAACCAAUCAAAGUGCUUGUGUGUUUCGGUGUAUUAUAUGAAAGUACACUAGAUGAAAAUUUUAUAUUCUGGUGCUAAUUAUGUUGAUCUAAAUCGGGAGGAAUUUCCCGCUGAAAAUGAAAGCAUAUUGCAGGCUGAUCUGGAAAAGCAUUUCUUUUUGUUCUGUUGUAGACCUCAGUCAUCUUACAUCAUCUAUUCCUAGUCUUCAAGAGUUUCCUCUUGUGUGUCUUCCAUACAGUGACAGGUAAUGUAAUUAAUACAGAAGUAUUUACUCUGUAUGCCUCAAAUUCUUGCUUUCUGUCGUUGUAAACAUGAUUAACCAGUAAAGAAUCUUCAUUUCAUGGCCUUAUACAUUCACAUAGACUGACUGUUCUAUUUUGAUUACUUCAGACUCCAGAAACACCAUGUCAAAUCCCCAUGAAAAAUUAACUCUAAAACAAUUUUGAAGGUUUAUCUUGGAUUAACAUCAAAUGCCUUUCAAACAACCAGCCCAUGGACUUCAAAUGGAACAUGAUAAUUUGUUUUAUCAACUGAGUUGAAAAUGAAAAUUGGCCACUGAGAAGAGUUUCCAGAUCAAUAUCAGUACCUGGGCAACAGUCUAUUUAGGGGUUGGGGGUUUAAAACCAAAGUUGAUGUUUGAGCAUGAAUCUUGUUAUACUCCCCUAAAUUGCUAAAGAAACUCUUCAUGGUAACCAAUUUACACAAAACCUCAGUUCAUAAAACCAAAGUAUCUUGUUAUACUCCCCAUUGACGCAGUGCCACUUUUUCUCUGGAAACUUUCUCCCUUUGUCCAAACUCAAUGGUCCAUGAACUGGUCAGUUCAUCAUUCUUUUUUUUUUUUUGCCAUUUUGUAAUUAUGAUUCAUCAGUAGAAAUAAAAAAAGCAAUUACAUAUACAUCAGUAUGAUAUAACUGAAGAGUUAGCAUGAGGUAAGGCAACCCAUAGGGAAACCAAGAGGCUUAAUUAUGUGAGCUACAGGCUCCUCAUGUUUUACAAAAGUGAGGUAUCAGUUGUAUGGGGUGAUUUAGGUACAAAAUAUUUCAGGUUAAAAAGGACACACACUUGUAAAACAAUGUGCAUUUGCUGUGUCUAGUUUUCUCUCAUUAUUUCUUGUUUCCUAGCAUUUAAAAUAGUAUACAGGUGUUGUAACUGACUUAUCCACUUAUCCAAACCACUUAGCCAGGUCUGUCAGGACAACCUGAUGACACACUUCAGAGGGGAGGGGACUAACAUGCAUUUCAUCCACAGGGUAUAACCAUACUGCCUGUUUCCUUCUCAAACCAGGAUGAGCUGCAUGUGUCAAGGUGUGUGACUGACUGUUGAUUUUAUUUGACAGCAAUGCACAGCACAAUGUUCUUGACUGGCAGCGACAUGCUGCAAGAAGGAUGGUACAGCAUUUCCUUGAGGUGGAAUUGUUUUUCCAGGUCAGGCAUGAUUCUUGGAUAUAACCCCAUAGCAAAUGUAAUCAUUCCACUAGUUUAAUGACUAUUUCAGUGGUACAACAGUGAGUACCGGUAAUCAUUUCAUUCAGAACUUAGAUGGAUAUAGAGAGAGGAAAACUGUUUAGGGCUUCCAGAAUAGAAUGAUACAUGCAUACAUCAUUAUUUCCAUGAAUGAAAUUUAUUUAAAUUGUGUAAAAGACAUGAGUGAGCUCAUUAGCGUCAGCUUCAUCAGUUUAUGUAAAUACUCUGAUUAGCCUCCAAGGGGCAUAUUAAUUUCCAGGACCAUAAUCUAUUUCUGAAGUUUUAUAAAUAUUUAAGGAGUUACCUUUUAAUAAACACAAAAGGGUUAAGAGAAAUUGACUUGAUUAAAUGUAAGUUGAAGUAAUUUUACUGUUUCAUCUUUGAUUUCUUCAAGUGCCAAGGGAUCAUUCAUUAUUUAUUACUUUGGGGAGGGGGAAAAGAGGAUUCUGAAAGUAUCACAUGGUUUCCCAGGGGGGGAAUAGAGAGGUAAUCAGUCAUUGUCAACAGAGUAUAAAUUGUAGACUAUAGAAGAUUGACUGUCAGUGAACUUACAGUCAUUAGAAUUUAACAGGGUCUUGACAUGGGGGAUCAAAUCAAUUUUAUAGUGACACAACCAAAAUCCUCCAAACCCUCCUGCAGGUGAUAAACAAAGACUUGUCCCUGAAUCCAUUUCAAUCUUACCACCAGGCUCAGCUUGAACUAGCUCAAUACUUUCAUGUCCCAGUGGGAAAUGUCCCAUCAGACCCAACUCUGUUUGCUGCAGACCUCUUCUAUGCUCGUCACCUUCAGAAACACAAUCACUUGUUGUGGAUGUCACCAACAGACAGACCUGAUCUGGGCGGCAAGGAGGAUGAUGAUAACAGGUCUGUCAACUUAAUUGUGGUCAUUCUUAUAACAACGUAAUAUUUUUAAGAAUGUGAAUCAAAUUUUGAUCAGCUCUUGAGCCAUCAGUAUUACCUUCCUUCUAUUGAGAACCCUAUGCAUGUAAUGUUGUCAUUGUGCUUAUUAUUUUCAAUAAUUUUAUGUUGAUUGUUUUCAUUUUUCAACCAAUAGACUAAGUGUUGUUUCUGAAGAAGGAGGAAACAUUGAAGUGAAUAGCCCAGGGUGUUAUCCCACAGUUUGUGUGGAGCUCUCAAUUGACUGUUUUGCAGUGAACACAGUAUUGCAGGUAAAUGUCGACAAAAUAUACAUUCAAGCUUGCCCUCACUGCUGCUAUUCAGGAGUUAGUUGAAGGGGGGCUGUUAAAGCUUUGAGUGGUAACUUCAAUCAAUAGCAACAUCAUUUUAAGUCUUGAGUUGUUUUCAAGCAAAGGUAGCAAUAUGCAUGUAUCCAUUGCUGUUGUUGUUGUUUUUUUUAAUAUUUUUACUUGGUUGACUAUUCUUGAUGGCACUAUUGCUUAAUCCUUUAACUCCCAGGAUCUUAUUCUUAAUUCUCAUCUGAGCUCCUACAAAUUUUCCUUCAAAGUAUUUAUGAGAAUUAGGUGUUAGAUCAAGGUAACAACUACCUGAUGAGUUUGAGUAUUCUCAUUACAUGUUUGUUGGACAAUGUAUGUAAAUUAUAGGGAAAAGGUGUGUUCAUCAGGUCAAAGAGUUAAAGUUAACAGAAUUGGUCUUUUGUCAUGAUUGUUUUCAGUCUGCACACAUCAAUGACUUUGAAGGAGGCUCUGCAACUGGAAUCAGCUUUGACAGUAUGCCACAGGUGACAAUACUCUACUAUGAUUAAAAUAAUUUCUCUUUUUCUCUUGACCAAUAGUGAAAAUGAUGCAUUUAUAUUGUACAAUCUCCACGUCUCUAGAGCACUUUACAACACUUUGCAGGAGACCUUGGGCAGUCUGCUUUGAGCAGUCUACAAUUUUGCCCCCAAUUUUUGGAAUUUUCAGAAACAAGGCUGGGCCAAAACAGCAAGAGCUAGAUGUUUCUUACUCUUUGCAACAAGUGUGUGGGUAUCCCCUACUAACCAGCACAAAAAAGACAUAGGAAACCUGUAGAUCCCUUAAUAAUUAAACCAGAUUUAAGACCACAGUGGUAAAAACUACUCCCAAUUGCAAACAAACAAAGCUCAAAAACCACCCCCUUGGGGUAGCUCCUAUCUUUAUAGCAACAUAUAGGGGAGUAACCACAAGGAACAACCAAUAACUUUGGUUUUUGAUUGUAGGCUUCUUUGGAAGAGUUAGUACAAGGAGGGUCUAGUGCAGCCUCCAGUUUGACAACCUAUGAUGAAGCUGCUCUGUGCUCCAGUGCUUUUAGGUUAGUAACAACCACGUGACAUAAUAAUAGUGCAGGUAAUACAAUUUCACUGAAAGCAAUACCACAAGCUGUUGCACAUAACCAUUGAAUAAGAACAGACAUAAAGAACUUCUUAAAACCUCUUUGGUUUAAUCAAAAUUUUUAAGAACCAGGCAACUGUGUAGCCCUAAUUUAUGCUUCAUGGUUGCCGUCGUCACCUCAUGGUGAUGAGUGGUUAUAUUGCCCCUUAAUGUUCAUACUACCAGUAAUAAGCACCUGACAAAGUGAGGCACAUUCUUUGUUGUAGAAUUAGUAAGUAACCAAUUCUUUCAAAAGUUCUAUAGUACAAUUACAAAGAGAGAAAUUAGGUUACAUCCCUAAUUGGCCAAGGCAUGUUGUUUGUUGCAGAAUCCUCAAGGGUAUGGUUCACAGCUGGUUGCAUGAAGUGUCUACCUAUGGAAAUCUAAAUGCAGAUGCGCAGUUGAUGCAUUUUUACAGGUAUGGUUAUGAGAAAGAAGACACAGUAUACAAUAAUAAAGCAAACUGCUCAAUUGUGGGAGACUGCUGAUUUCUGUGGUUUAAGCUGACAACCUUGCUGUGGAAAAUGGGGCAUCUUGAUCAUUUGACCCAUAAGAGUGACUAGCAUCUGGUUUCUCCUUACAGUAUCACCUCUGAAUCAAACAUUGAGGUUACGAGAAUGAGGGAAAUGAUCGCAAACUAAAGGUGCUCUUGAUUGUGGAGCAAAUUCUACUAGUCAGCACCUCAGGAAAUGUAUAGAGAAAAGUAUGGAGAAUGUGGCUAUUGAUCUUAGGGUGUAAAGGGUUAAUGGUUAACAUCCUGCAUAUAAGAUAAAAGGUCUGGGUUUGAGUACUUGGCUCAGCAAUUGCAUUGUGGUAAUAGUGCCUCUCUCCCAGUCAGAAAACCUGACUACCUGCAUAGGGGUGGGAGGAAGAGGGUGCCCCUUUAAACAGCUAGUAUCCAAUUUGGUAAGAGAAACAGGUACCACUUUACUGGAAACUAGAUGAGGUGACAUAACCUCCAGUGUUCUAGAGUCAUUAAUCUUGAGAGUGGUUAUAUUACCUUUUGCCUUGCCUUGUUACUUUUCAAACUUUUUUUCUGGGUUUGCUUUGUUUCAAUUUAAUCCAUUUACAAUAACUUGCAUUCUAUUCUCUUACUCAGGUGGUUGGCGUCACCUUCAGCUCUUCUUUAUGAUCCAGCUUUGUGUAGAAUGGUGCAAAGAAUGAUGAAGAAGUUAUACAUGCAGGUUUGUAAACCUUUCCCCCCCCAUGAUCUAGCUUUAUGUAGAAUGGUGCAAAGAAUGAUGAAGAAGUUAUACAUGCAGGUUUGUAAACCUUCCCCCCCCCCAUGAUCUAGCUUUAUGUAGAAUGGUGCAAAGAAUGACAAAGAAGUUAUAUAUGAAGGUUUGUAAACCUUCCCCCUCCCCUUCCCCCCUCAGUUCAUAACUAACACUUUUUCAGAAGACAAACAGUUACCAUGAUAUCUGGCACCAUCCUCUUUUGUACCUUCCCACUUUGCUUUAUGAAGUGGUCUGAAUACUAGUGUGUAGGACUCCCCAGUAAGAAAUAAGUACUCAAGGAGUAAUGGAAGGUCCUCUCUAAUUAGAUUAGAAAUCCUGAAUUAAUACACUGCAUGUCAGUUCCCCUCCCCACCCCCCGAUAUGUCUUCCAGUCUUGAAACCAGCCAUCUCCAGACCUCUCCCUUUUUAUUUUAAUUCCAUGCUCUAAAAUUUGUGGUUGCUGUUUUUAUCAGCUUAUUGCAGAAUUCAAGCGUCUUGGUUCUACCAUAGUGUUUGCAAACCUUAGCAGAAUAAUCAUUUGCACAAAGAAGAGAAGGUACAGUACUACAAGCAGGUUCCUUCUUCUAGUUUAUCUUGGCCUAACAUUGAUGUAGGAGAUGUGUGUGCAAACUCUAGAUUGAAAUCCAGGUUAAAGUCUGGCUGGGUGAUGGCUUUGUCUUCUUGGAUUAGACAGUUACCUCUUGCUGUACCUUUCUUUCCUCUGGAGUUUAAGUGGGUAUGGUUGAUUUGUCCUGGAAACCUGACAAAGUCCUGGUUGAUUGGAGGGGCGUAGCCAACAAUUUGUAACAAAUUUAAAAGACACAACAUUCACAUGGUGAUUUAUAAGGAAGUAUUAACAAAUUAAAUUUAAAUACUGUGGAAGCAAUGGGUUUCAAGGCUAGUAACAUGUAACCUACCACUGAACAGUAACCUGAAGUGCAUGCCAUUUUCAUUCUUAUCCUGCAGUGUUGCUGAUGCCAAGGCAUACGUGGAUUUCAUUCUCAAUAGUAUUCGCAGAAAAGACUUGUUCCACAGUAUUGAAAUAAAACCAGAAUCUUGCUGGGAGUAUCUAAUGUGGAUGGAUCAGGUAAUUGGACUUUCUUAUUCCUUAAACCUUUUAGCUCAAAGGGUGACUAGCAUCUAAAUUCUCCUUACAAUAUCACCCCCAAAACAUGCAUUAAGGUCUCAAUGAUAAAAGAGACUCAAGAAGGUCUUGAUUGUUAAACAAAUUCUCAUUGUCAUCACCCUAGGAAAUGUUUACAGAACAGUAAGGAGAAUAUGCAUACUGAUGCUAGAGUGUAAACAGUUAAAAAGAGUGCCAGCAAACUGUCUGGAAAACUGUACAAAAUGCUGGAGUGUUGCCAAGCAGUAUAUGUUAUAAUAAUUCUGCAUGCAAUAAUCCAAGAUAAGCUGUGGUAAUAUGUGCUGUUAUUUGCUUGAGACACAACAACUUUAUUUUGUUUCUCAGGCAAACCAUGGUGGCGUGAGAGGGAAGCUUCCCAAGGAGAUUGAUGAAGAGGAGGUUGUGGAAAACAUGGAGGAUCUGGAGAACAGUACUGAUGAAUUUAUGGCCACUCCUAAUGAUGACAAUGAAGUAAACAAAACCUAUUUUUUAUGUUAAAAUUAUUUUUGUUGGUAUUAAUUUAAUUUUUUUGCUGUAUCCUCCUUUAAAAUGUUCCAUAGCAUUAUUGGCCAAUCAAUUUGAAGCAUUAUCACCAAUUAUUUUAUGCUUACACUUUUCAAUUCUUUUCCUUGAUAGAAUAGCUGUUUUAAAGUGCCUUCUCUUUAAGCUAAUACUGUCUGAAGACUGAAGUAGAACAAUACAGAGUUGCAUUUUUGAACCUUAAUUAAAGUUUAGAGAAGAAUUUUUCUAAGACAGUUUCACCUUACAGAUCAGUUAACUAUCAGCAACUUUCUAAGUGCUGUUCAUAUAAUUUUUUGGUUACCCCAAGUGCUCCAUGAUGUAGGGCCAUUUCAGCCAAUUGCCAAUUGAAAAUAAAUUCUAGAAAAAAAGUAGUGAUGUUCUGGAACAGAAUACUCAUUAAAGCAUCAUGUGAGUUAUACCUACAACAGGUAUUCAAAAUAUGAGCCAUAUUUUGGUAUUUUGAAAAAUUCAUGUGUGGUAAAUUGACAAUGACUGAAUUGCUCAUUUACUUAUGUUUUUGAACUUUUUUUCAGCCUAAUGUGGAAAUGAAUUGGAACAUGAAGAGGUAUCUUCCCUCAGCUGCUUCUUGUCAGAGCUAUUUUCAGGUCAGUAUCAGGAAUUGAGUUACUAAGUAAUUGCAAGCAGUGAGCAUGGGUACUAUAGACAGAGACACUAUUGUAAGUAAUCCAAUUUUUAUAAACCUGGAGUUGUGUUUUACCAUGCUUGUGGGGUGUGGGUUUAUGUUCUCACCAUGCAACUCAGAGGGGGAUCCAGGAUUUUUUUGAGGAGGGGAAGCAUCAUUAAGGAAUGAUGUAGCUAAAGGAUGACAUAAACAAAGUUUUUGCGAUACUUAUUAUAUAAGAAAGCUGCAGGUCAUCGCAGGGGAGGGGGUGCGCAUUCCCAGCACAGCUCCCCUGGAUCUACCUCUGUAACUGGUUUGUAAACCCAGCCAGUGUGCUGGAGAAUCAGUAGACAGUUGUUUGCAAAAACAAAGUCUUUGCUUUCUUUUAACAUUUUGCCUUUUGUAAGACUGCAGCAUGUUCUAGAAUGUAUCACAAAUAUCCACCUAGGAUGUGGGUCAGUAUGACAGUGAUUUAAGGAAUGCCAAAUAGGAGCAACCAAAUUCCAAAUGCUUUAAUUGAUCAGUGACUUUUCCAAUGUAGAAAAAAAUAAAUGCUGAUGGGUACAUGAGCAAAUCUGACAAUAUAUAAUCACAAACAAACCUCACAGAGCAUAGACCAUUUAAUGUUCUCCUUUGAAAUGUUUCUGAACAGAUGUUUCUUUCUAGAUUAUCAUUGCUAGUCAUAUUCAUGCAAUGUACACCCAUUCCUUGGAAGAAAGAAGGCACAUUGAACCUGGCAGUACUCCAAUCAAGAAAAGAACAAGUUCCCAAUCACAGGUUUAGCUCUCAAUCAUCUUAGUUUAGCCCAGCCUUUUGGUAAAGAUAAAUAAAAGGAUUAUGAGGAAAACCUCACUUUGCCUUUUGAUUUACUGUUCUCCAACAGAUAGUUGCUGACACAUCAGCCACACCCAGCCUUGUAACAUUUGCACAGGAGAGGAUCUCUGGAGAACUAACUCAAACUCUCUUUAAGUAAGUAUCCUUCUGACAUGGUUCUUGGUAGUAAACCUUUUAAGUUACAAGAUGUAUGCUACUGAUUGUAUUGCUUUAUCAUUAAUUCAUGAGAAACUCAUUUCACAGUGACUUCCUACAAUUUUAUGAAAUAGUAGAAUGUUGGUCUCCUUAUUUGAGAGACACACUGUGAUCCUGAAGUGCCUUUACCAAGCCUCAUCACAAUAUUUCAGGAGGAAGGGGGGAAGGGAGGGUGAGGUAGAUUUGCCACCAAGGCCUUGACACCUUGACCCUGUUUCAAAAAGCCUGUGUAUUUCUCUGUCUUGGGACCUUUUUGAGGCUUAUUCUGUAAUUAUUACAUAAAUAUCUGUUUAUUUCAGUGUGACACAGAAGAUACAACAUGCAUUGUCUGGUGACAGAUCUUCAAAUGUAGAUCCUAGUGCAGAAUUUCCACUUCUGCCUGGAUCCCAUCUUCCACUAAACAAUCCUGCUUUGGAGUUUGUGAAGUUCAUUUGCAAAGUAAGACCUGCUGCUUCAUUUAUCUAAAUCACUUUAUUACCAAGUGGCCCACCCAGGAAGAGCAUGUCCCUGUUUUCUUAGCAUGAAGAGUCCAAGAGUAUCAGUACCCCUCCCUGGAUGUAAUGAUUGUCUAUCACAAAGUGAUCCCCAUCAUCUCAUCAGGCUUCCCAGACAAUUUUCUUGUACCCAUUUAUACUACUGGGUGGAGAGACCACUGUGAGAGUAAAGUAUUUUUUCCAAGAACAAAACGCAUUGUCUCAAAUCUAGAACUCUUUGUUCUCCCAACUUUUUAAUCCACCAUAGUUUUUUUUUUUCCUCAACAGAAUUGAAAUUUUUAGAAAUAUAAUCAAGUUUUCUGGAAAAUGUUUUUUUUUUUUUUCCUCAACAGAAUUGAAAUUAUUUAUUUUUUCUUUAGGUGUUGUCAUUGGACUCUAACACUCAGCAUCAAGUGAACAAGUUAAGGUAUGAAUUACCAUUAAGAACAAAAAUCCUUGCCCUUGUUUGAGAGAAAAUUUUGAUGAAAACCAAAGUUAUACCACAAGGCCAGUCAUAAAGGGAAAAUACUGGAAGGGACUAACAGAAACUCAAAGUAUACCAAUGGAAUUUCUGAAUCCCUUCAUUAUGUUAAAUUAUGGUUCAGGGAAAUUAAGAAGCCGCCUAGAAUUAAUGGAACUCAAAUUGACCCAAAUUUUUCUUAGAUUUUAUAAGGUUUCAAUUGUUUGCUUUCUGUGUUCUUCCCCAGACGAGACCUGCUGAGGCUCCUUGCUGUUGGAGAAUUUUCUUCAGAGGCAACGUUUAGAGAUCCUUGUUCAUCAUUGGUCCUUCCAGAGGUAUAAUAGCUUCUUCUGCAGCAACAUUAUAAACAUCAUCUUUGACACCAUGAUAUAAAUGUUGCAUAUUUUCCCUAACAGGUGAUUUGCUUGUCCUGUAACUCUUGCCGUGACCUGGACCUCUGCCGUGAUCCCUUCAUAACCGCAGCAGAAGGAAACAAUCCGUAAGUAACUGGUGACUAUUUUGCCAACCUGUUCUCAACACUUAUCCCAGAAAUGCCAUUUUUUUUUCCUUCUUUACCUUUUGCAGUGCAUGUUGCAGAUGUGCAAAUCUAGAGUGUGGCAGUGAAUACAACAUGGAUUUCAUUGAGAGUCAGUUGAUUGACAUGGUGCAAAAGCAGUCUAUGGCAUUUGUUCUUCAGGAUCUCAAAUGUGUUAAAUGCCAUGGAGUAAGUUUUCCAUGAAAGAAUGAAUAAUAGAAGUACUGUUAACCUUUAAACUCCCAUUAGUGACCAAGGUAGAAUUUCUCCUUACAAUAUCAAUCCAAAAUCAAGCAAAUAAGUGACGAGAAAAGAGAAAAAUAUCAAUUAUGGGAUCAAUGGUUGAUCCAAUACCAAAUUGGCAGAACUAACAUCAAGAGAAUUGUAUGGCAGAUAAUAAGGAGAAUUACUGAUGAGAUCUUGAGAAUGAAAGGGUUAAUUGAUAAUGAUGCAAAUGCUUGGAAAUACCUGUCAAAUGCAACAGUUAAUUUUACUCCUAGCAAACCAGGUAAACUGACUCAAUCACUGAUUAAUUAAUUACAAAUACCGUAAUUUCCGGUCGUUUACCCAAACUGUUGGCAUUAAAGGUGCGGGUUAUGUGACAAUUUUAAAAUUUAGUGGUAGUUGAACUGAAAAAAAAUCACUGAUGCCGCAAAGCGGCACGAAAAAUUAAUUUACAAAUUAGUUGCGCGACAAACUCUGACACCUCAAAAUUUCUCACCAGGGUGUUUGUGAUUUAGGAAUCUCAGAUCACCACUUAAUAUAUGCAAUCGUAAAUCUCAAAAGAAAACGUCUGAAACCAACGCUCAAAACAGUCUACGAUUAUAAAAAAGUAGAUCUAGACUCAUUAAGAACGGACUUUGCUGCAGCCCCAUGGAGUAUCUGCAAUGUCUUUCACAAUCUGGACGAUGCUACUUGGGCUUGGGAGUAUUUAUACAAGGACAUUAUGAAAUCUCACCUUCAUGCUCGACGAGUAAAGAUAAGAAGAGGGGGCCUACCCUGGAUGAACUCUUCCAUACGUAAAGAGCUGAACAAACGCUACAAAUUACUCCUUAAAGCACAGAAAACACCGAAGGGCUCACAAGCCUGGAUAGAUUACAAGAAGGCAAGAAAUAAAUGCACCAAACUCCUUAGAUUAGCGGAAUCAAGUUAUUGGCUAACAAAAUUUAAUGAGACAACCUCUGCUCGAGAUUUUUGGAAGACAGUAAGAUCUUUCGAGGGAAAACAAACAGCUACAAAUAUCGGACCGAUUAAAGAUAGUUCCGGAGUUAUUCACGCAGACGAUACAUCAAAGGCCAACACUUUAAAUUCCUUUUUUGUCAAUGUUGGAAAAUCCCUCUCGAAAUCAACACAAGAUUCUUCAGUAAACUCUCCUUGUCAGUCCGCAAGAAAAAUCAGUGCCUCUCUUUAUAACAUAGCCCUUAACAGAGACCUUUUAAAAUCUUCUCUAAGGUGUUUGAAACCUGGCAAGGCGAGUGGACCUGAUGACAUAUCCAGCAAAGAGCUGUACCUUAUUGGAGACGCAUUUUUGGAUUGCUUUAUGCCACUGGCUCAAAGAAGUAUUUUGGAAUGCAAAACCCCAGCCAGUGGAAACAGGCACAGGUAAAAUGUCUUCACAAGAAGGGGAAUACUCUCGACUGUGAAAACUACAGGCCUAUUUCCCUUCUUAGCAUUCCGGGCAAGCUAUUGGAGAAUGUUGUAAGCCAACAACUUGAUAACUUCUUAUAUAGCAACAAUCUGAUCUCCUUAAAUCAAUGGGGCUUCAGAAAAGGAAGCUCACCCGAGCUGCUCUUACUUUCCGUCACAGAACGAUGGCGUUUAGCCUUGGAUGAAAGCAAUAUUAUUGGCGUAGUCUUUAUUGAUUUUCGGAAAGCGUUUGAUUGCGUCAACCACACAGUUCUUAUGGAUAAAUUACACUCUAUAGGUAUUAGUGGCUCUUUUUACGAUUGGCUCUUAAAUUAUCUUGAUAAUCGUAAACAAUUUGUCACCGUAAAUGGUUCAAACUCAGAAUUGUUGGAAAUAGAUACGGGUGUACCCCAAGGGUCUUUACUUGGUCCUAGACUUUACAGCAUUUACUCAAAUGAUCUGCCCGGAGCCACAACGAACGCUUCCGUUGAAAUGUUUGCAGAUGAUACUACUGUUUUUUGCAUUGGAAAUACUGUUGAUGAAGUUUUAUUUAAGAUACAGAAAGCGAUCGUUGACUUAAACAAAUGGGCUAAGGAUAACUUCAUGACUAUUCAUCCCGCAAAAAGUGAACUAAUGUUGUUAUCAAAAUCAAGAUUCAUCGGACCCCUACAGAAAAUUUGUUUAGGGCAAAAUGAGUUGUCAUUUGUUUCCAAAGCUACAUGUUUAGGGAUUCUUAUCGAUAAUAAACUCUCUUGGUCGCCACAUAUAAAAUCUUUGAGCAAACGUUUUUCGGCAAGAGUGAAGAAACUCAAACACCUAAAAGGACUCGACAAUCGCCUCUUAGAGUCAAUUUAUUUCAAAGGUAUCAUUCCAAGUAUUGCGUAUUCUAUUGCAUUAUGGGGAUCUUCUAAGUCACUUCAGACACUGGAAGACAUUCACAUUGGAGCCGCGAGAUUUAAUUUUAACCUAAAGGAAUCUACCCCCAAUACUGAAGUUCUGGCAGCGACAAAAUGGAAGUCCUUAUCAUAUUUCUAUAAAAAGAGGAUUGCCACUAUAUCCUAUCAGGCAUUUUACAAUAGAGCUCCGGCUGCUAUAAGCUCUUUGUUUACUAAACACUCUCCGUUGAGAAAUCUAAGGGACAAUCUGAAGCUAUUCGUGCAACGCCCUAAAAGUGACUUCCGUCGAUCUUCUUUUUCUCACCAUGCGUCUGUUCUAUGGAACAACUUACCCGUGUACUUGAAGAGCAAACCGAACAUUGUUUUUUUCAAAUCUGCUCUCAAAGCAAAAUCCGACAUUUUAGAUAAAAUAACAUUUAAUGGUUUACAGGGACUAAAUAAAGACGUUGUAAAUUACAUAUAUUAAAGCUAUUUUACUACUUUUAUUUAUUUUAUUACUUUUUAUUACUACUGUAAAUCAACUGUAUAUUAUAUUACUAGGUCUUACAUCCUUUCUUACUUACCAUAAUUUCGCUACUUGUUAUUGUUAUUAUUUAAAUUUUGUAGACACUCUUUAGUUUUGUAGGUCCACAUCAGCUUUUUAGCUGCCAUUUAUCGACCUACGUGACAAAUAAAGUAUGGAAACGUUAGAUUUCCAUUUUACUGUAUAAUUGUCAGCUAAUAUUGACAUAGAAUUUGCAUCUGAAUUUCUUUGACCUUUUGAACAGGAGUUGGAUCAAACAACUUUUAAAAGACUGAAAUUUAUCACCUUAAUGGUGACCUUGAAUUAAUGAUACAAACAUUGAUUUUUUUUCAAAUAUAGAUUACUUUGUUAACAUGUUAACCAGAUACCAGUCUCUAUCAUAACAAAAUCACCUUCAGCCUCCAAAUCAAAGGCUUAGUAACUAAGUACACAACUGUAAAAUGACCGAUUGGUGAUGCAAAAGUGGAGAUGAAAAUAUAGAUCUGGACAAAAUAAUGCGGGGAAGUAUAUUUUGUAAUGAUCCUGGAUCUGUAUAGGGGAUAUCCCUACAUUACAGGCAAUUCCAAAGAGAAGUUCCAUCUUCACAGAAUAUUGCUAAUUCCUUAGGAAAGCAAGAAAAUUGAUAGGAAAAAUUUUAACGAGGAAUUUAACUAAAAAUAGUAACCUUUUCACAGCACUUCAAAUUUUUAGAUAUCAUCCAACAGAGUUGGGUUUAAGCACAGUUGUAAUUGUUUAUGCUCAGGUGAGAAAUACAGACAAUCUCUUGAUCUUUUUUUUACAAGUUGAUCCUAACAAAUGACCAUUUCAGGUAAAUGCAACAAAUAUGUCAAGAUACUGCAAAUGUGCAGGCAACUUCUCCCACACUCUGUCUGUUGAUGACUUCUACAACAAGCUAAAGACAUUUAGAAAUGUGGCUAGGUAAGUUUUAAACAGUACAGGACAAGUUCCUCCUUUUUCUUACACCUCUGUGCUAAGGGAAUUAAUUAAUAACUUAUCCUUUAACCAAAACCCUUGUAUCAUUUACCAUCACUGAAGGCAGGAUGCCUCUAUCCAGCACACACCUUUCCUUAUUCCAAUGUUUUUUCCUAAAUGGAGUUUCUACAGCUUAAUUCUUGUGUGAUUGACAUGCAAUAUUUCUUCACAUAGGCACCUUCACACAAAUAAGUGCCCACCCCCUGUGCCAUAAUAUCAGACAAGCACCCCUCUCAACUAAGAGCCCCCCAUCCCUCCCUCACUUUCUUAUAUAGUAGUGAUACAAAGAACAGCUGUUCCUGUUGCUACUUUAUUUUCAACUUUUUAAGCCUCAACCGCGGUAGAUUCAGUAGAGGGGAAGAGUUUUCAAAUAAGUGCCCCCUCAAUUAAAUUAAAUGCCCCUCCUUUUAGCCAAAAUUUUAUACAUGCGCAUGGGAAUUUAUCUGAGGAAAUAUAAUAUACAAGUUACAUGUUCAAAACUGUUGAGUAACUGUUUUCUCAGUCCUUAAGUUAAAACUAAUAGUCAUUGAUUGGCUACACUCUUUAGUCUAGAUUAUUUCAGAACAAGAUCACUGGAUAGAUUAGGUUUUUUAUAAAUGUUUACAUAAAAAUUUCUUUACAAAUUUGCUUCAUGUGUCAAUUUUGUACCUCAAAAUAUCUAAUUUUUGACACAAAUUCAAUAUUUUGGCUCUGGAAAAAAAUGCAAUGUACAGAUUUUAUAAGAACUCGAUAAUUUCCUUGUGAAUAAAAGUAGUCUGAGGCAACUUUUCUCUGUAACUGCCUGUGUCUUUGUGACUGUGUGAUUACCAAGUUAACCAAACCAAUUUAUCUCACAGACAUAAAACUGCUAAGCUUUCAAAUUAGUGGCUUCUUUAAUUAAGGUCUUAUUCUGAUAUUGUUUCACAGGCAUUACAAGUUGGCACUUCUGGAAGAAACAGUCAACUGGAUUAUGGAGAAAAAUCCUCAUUUUUAAUGACCAGUUAAAAAAAAUAUAAAUAAUUUAUCAAAAGUUAUUAGAGUGACAUUUCUUGUUCAUGAAUACAAAGCACCAUACACAAGUCAUUUGUUUUCCUUUUAUGUUUAGAGCAGAAAGUUUACUGGAGCUGCCACCAAAAAAAUGUAACUUGCCAAUCAGUUGUGUUUGCAAGUCUGGGGA